CCUUGGUGACGGUCUUUCCAUGGCCAAACGUCCUUGCUGUUCUGAACCUUCCACCGCCAAAUCUCCACCAACGAUGUCAUCGGAACCUGACGACGAUCGCUUUGACAACGAUACGGUGUUGGAAUCCUUCUUAGGUGUCUCCGAUUUCGAUUCAAUCAACACCUCUUUCGACAGUCUCAUCAAAUCUAGGUCAUCUGAUUCCGAUCAAAACGACUUGAUCCAAAKCGCUCUUCACCUCGGUUMUGUUCUCCUCGARGCCGGAAAACGGUCCGAUCGUAAACGAUCUUCCUUUCACAACGCAGUCGUAUGGCCUCUUCCUCCUGAUCUCACGAUCAAGGUUUUUGCUAUGCUUGAUACGCAGAGCGUAUGUUACGCUGCGGCUACGUGUUCGUUUUUUCAAAAGUGUGCUGCGGAUCCUUUGUGUUUUGCUAACAUUGAUUUAAUUACGUCAGUUCCCAAGGUCAACAAUGCUGUAGUCUCUUCGAUGAUCGGCCGAGCUGGAAAUGCACUUCAGUCUAUCAAGCUUGGUGUCCUCCCACCCUGUGCAUCUCCUCUUUUCUGUUCAUCUGAGCCAUUAGUUUAUAGUAUUAGGAACUCUACCGAUGCAUCAGGAGUUUCAUGGAAUGAUAAGCGAUCCAGACAAGGAAAAGAGUCCUCUAUUCUAACAAGGUCCUGCUUGAAUUCUUUGAGCGGGAAUGGCGGUGGCGCACCUGGGGCUCGUUUGAGAAGAUUGCACCUUUUCAAUAUUGAAAGGAUGGAUAAUACAGCACUCUUGGCAUCAUUAUCAGCUUGCCCUUCUCUGCUUGAUCUAGAAAUCGUGGGCCUGCAUGUUGAGUUGAGGCAUACAUUGGAAUCGGUAAGCAAGCAUUGUCCCUUGAUAGAGCGUCUGGUCUUUGAAUCUUCAAAAACAGGUAGAGAUGAUGGUUUGAAAUACCCAACCUGCAAUGAAUUUGUGCGUAAUUGCCCCAACAUAAUUACCCUGGCACUAAAAGGAUUCAAGUUGCAAGACUACAAGGCUCGUAUGCUGGUGAAGGGGCUUCGCAGAUUGAAGUAUGUGGACUUUUCUACGUCUUACUCAUUCACCGGUACCUUUUUGAGGAACCUUGGAUCCAAUGGUGGUGGAAAUCAUUUGGAGGUCAUGGUUUUAAGAGACUGUAUGCAUCUCAAAGAUAUUGAAGUUGAGCGGUUUAUGGGAGCUGUUCUUGCAGGAGAAUUCAAGCUCUUUCGACAUCUUGACAUAUCCAACCGUGAAGGUCUAGCAUCUGACGGUGACUGGUUUCAUAGAUGCUAUAGUGCAAGUUUCAUUCCCGUAAAGCAAUUAUUGGAAGAAAGGCCUAAUUUCCGCCUGGUGGCCGAGUUUCCGAAAGGAAGCUGCAGCUACGUUGACGUUGAACAACCGAUGACCAACGAUUUAAACAGUGACUUCAGCUUACCUUCUCAGUUAAGCAGCCAUGCGUCUGAUGGAUCAUUCCUCAUGAGCACAUCAGAUAACAGCUCUGAUAGUGAAGGUAGUGAUAAUGAGGAUGGUCCAGAAAGCAGUUUUGUAACUUAUGAAGAAAGUUCAGAUGAGGUUGACUUUCUCUCUGGCUGAGUACUAUCAAUCAUGAGGAAUAUCAAUAAUGAGGGAGUUCAAGCUGGUAAAGCUGGGUAAUGGUGAAUUGAGGAAAUCCUUUUGCAAGAAGAGAUAAUUUCCUGUGAAACACCACUUUCUUUGCUGCAUCAGAUGUAUCUAAUGUUUAAAUUGCAUCUGCUUCAUCAUCCGACUUUUUCUUAUGUAACCCUCUUGGCUAAAUUAUAUUUGAAGUAUAUAAUAUUAAUAUACGGCAAAACUCACACUCACUCAGUCACUCCUCACCUUAGGUGUGACUUGAACCCUUGAUCUAGGGUCUACCAAUAAUCCAGAUACCACUGGGAGACAUUGAACCUC